UCCAGUCCCUACUUACAGCUUUUGCUUCUUUCCAAUACUAUUUGCUUUUAGUUUCUCACUCAUUUUCUUUUGCUGCUAAGCUAAUUUUAAGUGAAAAAAUUUCCAGCUAAUCAUAUACAUGCAGAAAAGAAAAAGCGAGGUUGUUCCAGCAGGGCAAGAAUGGAGGGCAUAGCCAUGGACAGACGAAUUACGAAGUGGAAAAAUCUGAAACAAAGGCUAGGAUUGAAGGGUAUGGGUUGCUGCGGAGCCACCUGGAGUCCCCGAGCCAGAAUUUCAACCAUUUCAAUCCUAGAUGAAGAUGAAGGUGAAGAAGUGGCAGCUCAUAGGCAGCAAGUUAUUGUCAGCAGGAGUGGCAAUGCGGUAAAUAACCGCAUUCAGAAUCAAACAGAGAACAGUGCCUGCACCCCACUGUUGGUGAGCCAGCAAGUCGAAGCCACAUCAGGUUCAGGGAUGAACUUGGCAAUGGCGCUGGCAGCGGAGCGUAAUUUGCGGGCAACCAAAGUGGGUCCCGGUCCCACGGGAGUAAAGACAUUGAUGAGAUUGAUUGAAGAAACGGAGGGUGUUGAUUGGAAUGAGAAGAAAAGGAAAGACAUUGAUGUUGAAGGUGUAGGCGGCGUAGGAGGAGGGAGCUGUGAUUGGAUGUGCUGCCUGUGCAUGGAGAGGAAGAAAGGGGCGGCUUUUAUUCCAUGUGGGCACACCUUUUGCAGGGUUUGUUCCAGGGAACUGUGGGUCAAUCGGGGCUCAUGUCCUGUCUGCGACCGUUCGAUUCUCGAUAUUCUUGAUCUUUUCUAGAUUUCAGAGUUUCAGACUCUUUGAUUUUUUUUUUUUUUUCAUCUGUUUGCCUUUUGGGGGUUUCAUGGAGAUUCCUGAAAAUAUUCUUUGAGGGGAAUUUUACAUGCAAUGUAAGAUUAAAAGCAA